CUUUUACAUUCAUUAUCGAAACUUUACUAGAUCUUCCCUCGUUUCUCGAUGCCGAUGUCCCUGAACGCGUGGAACCCAUGUUCCAGGUCGAUGACAUCAAGCUCGAGCACCAUCCUAGCAGCGGGAUCACACCAGAAGUACACGGCUUCAACGAUUUCAAACGCCGUCCACCAACGUCUUCUGCCCCACCUCAUAAACGUCCCUGGGCUCCAUUUAAGUCACGCUUGGAGUUCGAGAUAGCCGAACUUGCUCUGGAGGCCUGUCUCAACAAUGAUCAAACUGAUCGUCUCAUUACGUUGUGUAACAGGUGCGCUUCUCAAUCGGAAAAAUUUACGUUCAAGAACCACAAAGACAUCCGCGAAAGGUGGGAAGCCGUCUCCCAUCGCACUACUGGGUUUACUCAUGAUGUAAUAUCUGUACCAUACGAUGAUUCAAUUCGACAAUUCGAGCUAUACUACCGGGAUCUCUGGGAGUGGGCGGCAGAUCUUCUCCGUGAUCCUCGCUUGUUCCCACACAUGGUUUUUGAUGCGCAGCGCUUCUCGAAAUUUGAUGGCAAGACCUUCGUACGUUUCAUAGACGAACCUUUCACUGCCGAAACCUUUUGGAAUGUUCAAUCACAGCUACCACCGGGCGGCAAGCCCUUAGCUUUCAUUUUGUAUGCGGACAAGACAAGGUUGUCGUCAUUUGGUACCGCAAGAGGGUAUCCUGUUGUUGCACGUCUAGCAAAUCUCCCCGCGAACAUUCGUAACGGACAGGGUGUGGGUAGCGGCUAUGUAGUUGGAUGGCUUCCGAUUGUGAAGGAGGACAGAGACCAAGCUGGCAAGCCCAGCUGGGUCAACUUCAAGAAUGCCGUUUGGCAUGAAUCAUUCUCAAAGAUCCUAUCUUCGCUCGCAUCAAAGUCUCAUACUGGACAGUGGUUUGAUUGCCCUGACAACGUUCCGCGGUGGUUCUUUCCUAUUAUCCUAAUUUUAUCUGCAGACUACGAGGAACAAUGUAUUAUGUCGCUAAUCCGAGGGAUAAAAUGCCUUUGGCCAUGUCCAGUGUGUCUCGUUCCCCACGACGAGCUUUUGAAUACAUUAAAGUGUUAUCCUCCUCGAACGGCUACCCAGUCGCAGGAAGUGGUGAAGGCUGCACGAGCUGAGGCGACUGCUGAGGAGAAAGAGGAGAAACUGAAAGAGUAUGGCCUUCGUGACAUCAUGAAUGCCUUUGCGGCCAUGAUGCAUACUGAUGUACAUGAUGCGUUGUCAUGGGACCGACUCCACUUCAAUGGUGGUCUGUAUCGUGACCACCUCUGGGCCGAACUUCAGAAAAUCGUUGUCGGUUUGGGACGAGUGAAAGUAGCACAAAUGGACAAAAACUACGAAGCAUUCCCGCGCUGGCGAAACUUGAAGCACUUAGCUCACGUUAUGAGCAUCUCUUUCGCUGAUGGCAGUGUCUACGAGGACAUAUCAAAGAUGGUGGUAUAUGCUGCGCACGCGAUUUUGACGGAGGACGACAGUCCACUCGGCUAUCUCCUACUCCGUUGCAUUCGGCACUUUCUCGAAGUUGACGCAUAUGCGGCGCUUGAAGUUCACACCACUGAGACUAUCAGUGCCGGCCGACAUGCAGUGCAGGCAUUCUCGACUUAUCUUCAGCAAUAUAUAGAGAAAAGCGCUGAUGAGAGCGACAAAAACUGGAACUUCCCCAAACUGCACAUGAGUGUGCACAUUUUUGACAAUAUCGAAGCAAAAGGUGCGACACGUAACUACAAUACAAAGCCGAAUGAAAGGAUGCAUGGGUCGCUGAAAGACUCGUACUUAUUGCGCACUAAUUUCAGGGAUGUGGCGCCUCAGAUACUCCGCAUAAACCAUUGGCAAGUGGUUGCGGAGAGCAUUCGCCGCCACAUAUCAGACCUAGACGAGUAUGAGUCCGGAGGCAGCGAAGAUUCGGGUGACCUGGAGGAUUUAGGAGAUGUGGAUGAUCUGGUCUCGCCGGAUGCAAAUGCGCCUCAUGUAAGACUUGGGUCGAGGCAAGCUGCGCAGACCUUUGAGUUGAUCGAGGAUGCUCAUAAGGAGGAUGCCGCGUUCACUAAUUUUCGGGUCAAGCUCAAUAAUUUCUUGACUGACUUUCUUCAAGUUAUUCGGCUCCCUUUACCAGGUGGAAAGCGGGUACAAUUCAAAGCAAGUGAUAAGAUCACUGAGUGCCGUUUUUUGAAGGUUAACUACGAGUCCUUGGUGGAUUGGCGACUACACACCGACUACCUUAGAUGCAGUCCCAAGUUUUUCAAUGCUGCGCGUUUUGAUUGUGUUUUCAUUCAGACAGAAGCCAAAGUGAUAUUUGGUCGCCUUCUCUUUCUGUUUGAAUGUAUAGUUGGGGAUAUCACGCUCUCUCUAGCUCUAAUCCAUCCUUUUGACGCUCCCACUGGUGUACGGCUCCGAAAGGACAAACACCUCAAUAUCUAUCGUGUUCGAGCAAGACCCCGAGCGCAAGCCGAGUUUUUCUCAGUGAGGUCAAUCAUUCGCGGAGCUCUCCUUGUGCCGGAUGGCAGUACCGAUUACCUUGUCGUCGACACUGUCGACUCUGACAUGUUCAUUCGUGUAAAGGAGCUACAUCUUGCAGCAGGGCAUCCAAUACGCAUUUGA